CCCCCCCCCUUCUCUCCCUUUCCUCACCGGCUCCUGUUCCCCAGAGGGCAGAGCUAAGUAUGGGGUAAAAGAGCCGAGAGGAGACGCAGAGACCAGAGAAGCUGAGGAGGCGCCGCUCAGCUGCACAGGUGGGUGCAGGACCCUGUCAUGGCGGUGCAGCGGAGGAGGCUGAAGCUCGUGGUGACGGUGAUGAUGAUCAACCUCUUCAUCUUCAUCCUCAUCUUCCGACAGAGCGGUCAGGACAAGAGCGGGCUCCACAAGGUGCACAUCCCCUCCGAGCCCUUCUGGAGCAAGCUGGCCCCGGUGCCGGCCUACUGGAACCGCCAGCAGCAGAUCCUGGACUUCCAGAACAAUCCCAUCCUGGCGUCCAACUACAACGCCUCGGAGCUUCCUGAUUGGCUCACGGAGACCAGCCUCUCCACGGACCCCUGCCAGCAGAACCUCAGGGUGACCACCCAGGUGAAGGACUACAACUCCCUCCCGGAGCGCUUCAAGGACCUGCUGCUCUACAUGCACUGCCGCUCCUACCCCAUGAUGGUGGACCAGCCUCAGAUCUGCGAGCAGCCGCCGUUCCUGCUCCUCGCUAUAAAGUCCCAGGUGUCGCACUUUGACCGACGCCAGGCCAUCCGUCAGUCCUGGGGGCGGGCCGGCGUGGUGUCCAAUCAGACGGUGGCGGUGGUCUUCCUUCUGGGCAACGCCACGGCCUGGGACCACCACCCGGAUCUGUCCAGCAGCCUGCGGGACGAGAGCCUGCGCCACCGGGACAUCAUCCAGUGGGAUUACCGGGACUCCUUCUUUAAUUUAACCGUCAAGGAGGUUCUGUUCCUGGAGUGGAUCCAGAUCCGCUGCUCGUCCGCUCGCUUCAUCUUCAAAGGGGACGACGACGUCUUCGUCAACACGUACCGGGUCCUGGACUUCCUCAAGGGCCUCUCGAAGCCCAAGGCCAGGGACCUGUUUGUGGGGGAUGUGAUCACUGAGGCGGGGCCACACAGAGACAAGAAGGUCAAAUACUUCAUCCCAGAGAGCAUGUACGUGGGGAAGUACCCCCCGUACGCAGGAGGGGGCGGGUACCUCUACUCCGGGGACGUGGCGGCCCGGCUGCACACGGUGUCGCACCGGGUUCCGCUCUACCCCAUCGACGACGUCUACACGGGCAUGUGUCUUAAAAAACUGGGGCUGGGCCCCGAGAAGCACAAAGGCUUCAGGACCUUUGACAUAGAAGAGAAGUACCGGGCGAACCCGUGUGCCUAUAAGAGUCUGAUCCUGGUUCACCCCAGGACGCCGCAGCAGAUGAUCCAGAUCUGGACCUGGCUCAGCAGCCCGGACCUGAACUGCCAGUGACCUCGACGGCCCCGGAGGAGAAGUGAUAGAUAUUUGAUCUUGAACAGGGUCCCGGACUCAAAGUUGGCAGCUUUAAGUUAAGAUAUCCUUGUUCUGGUCUCUGGAGCCUCGGACGUAUCGCUGCCUCCGGUUCUCAGAACGACCACCGUAGUAUUCUGGCUUGAUGUCGAACUUCCUGCUUUGUCGCGUCGAACGAGCUUUACCCCAAAGCGACCGUGUCUGUCUUUGCGUGCACAUAUUUAUAUUUCACAACUAUUUAUAUGGCCUUUAAAAAAAAUGCUUUAACACUGUGUCGGAGCGUCCCAAUGCUGUAUUAUUAUAUAAACGUGGAGACUGAAACCCGGGAUGUGUCCGCCUGGGAUUCUCUGUUCUCUGAGAAAUCUGAAAAGUGUGUGUCUGAAAAGAGUGAGAGGUGAAAACCAAUGGUCCCCGUGCGCGGCCGUUUCUUGCUGCUCGAGCUUUAAAAGGAGCUUCCUGGUGAACAUCCUGCUAAUUGUUGCUGGAGGCUUAGUUUGUGCUGCUAUUCCCAUCCACACUCCCAAAGUAUUCACUCGUGACUUGUCCCACUAAGGAAACUCUCUCUUUUUAUUGUCCCUUUGCUAAUUUACAAAACAUUCAGUUUCUCACAGACCUUCUCUCUGAUUCCUCUAAAUCGGUGCUCACGCUCUCUUAGCUUUUCCUCUUUUUUUUUUAAAGUUGUAUAGUGUAAAAAGUUCAAAUCCUUCCGUAGUUUGGAGAAGGGGGAGUCUGGUGGAGGGAACACGUGUUGUCGGGACAUGAGGGGACAGGAGUCCAGCUCCGUGCAGCUCAGCAGGUCUGGGCCCGACAUGGACGGAGAAAUCUAAAUGCUGUUGACCUUCGGCUUCAGGUUCUCACUUUACACAGAAUGAAUGAAAAACAGACCAAAAUAAGAAGAAGACUCUUUUAAAACCCAAAGUGCAUUUUCAGUGAGACGUGAAAACCUUUCUGUCUCGACUCGUGUUGAAUGUUGUUGAAUGUCGAGACGUCGGAGAGUGAAAAAUGUUUUAAACAUCAAAUCGACGUUAUGAGACACAUCGACCCUGAUCCUUAAAAAGGCUUCAUCUCAUAAGUUUGUGUCAGUUCCCUGUUUUGGAGGAAACGAUUUCGAUUACACCCUUUUAAAAAAAUUUUAUCAUGAGAAACUCUGGUCUCAGACGUGUUCAGUGAUUUGUUCGACCUUCUCUCCAGGAACCUGUUUGUUGGAAUGAAAGCUUUACUUGAAUGUCACUGCUCGGAUCCACGAUGUUUGUCUUCACUCGCUGUCUUUUAUUGUCUCAAGGAGAAUCGUGUCCUGUUCCUCUUACAGCUGAGACACAGACGCACGAUUGUGAUGAUUGAUUCAACGCCCUCUCUGAACGUCCGUCUUUACGCUGGUUGAAGCUCUGAUUCUCUCCAGGAUGUCAACACUUAUAAUAAGUGGCAUAAAUGUUGGUUUGAGUCUCGUGUUCAGGUGGAACCUGGUUGUUAGAACGUCUGACGUGAGAGAGAGAGAGGAUGUGGACUCACGCCUCUGUUAGAGCUCCCCCUGCUGGUUAAAGCCUCCUACACCUUGACUGAAGACUGUAAUACAACACUUAAUUUAUUGUGUCCUGUUUGUGUGAGCGUUUGUUUUGUGGUGACCUGUGUUGGUGUGAGAGUUGAGAGACAAAUGUAAAUUAUGACAAUCACAGUGUUGCUCUGAAAGGUUUUGUUUUUUUUAUACGUGUUUAUUCUGCGAUAACCAACUUUACUAGACACUAUUUUAGCUUUGUGUGGAAAUCUGUUGUCUCCAUGUAGGAUAAAAACAAACACUGAAAAAAUAGGAGACAAUAAAAAGAGCCGGGAACCGAGUGGAGCUCGUUCAUUUACUCAAAUUUAAAAUCCAUUCGUGGCCUGUUUGCUGGUCGUCGCUGCAGCUUCUCACCAACAGUCAGGGACGUUAAAUCCUCGCUGCCCACAGCUUUUAGCUACGUGAAAUGUUUACAUGUUAUUAAAAGUCCUCAUCAUUUAUUUUUAUAAUUUCUACUUCUGUCCGAUGAUUGGCCUGUUUGUGUGUUUUCAUUUCUCCACGCACGUGUGAAAUGUCUUUGUGGAUUUUACUGCCGGGUGUUUUUUCUUUAAGAACCUUUUCUCGUCUCUAUAAACCGUCAGUGUUUCUCUGGGCUCGUCUCCCAGGAUGUGUCGUUCUCAGCGGGUACACAAACAAAAACAAUGUGUACAUCAACACAACAAGGCAAAAUUUACAGUACAAACGAAAAGACUAUAAUGAAACAAUAUGAUUGAAGAGUAAUUAUGUGAUAAAGAUUCAGACUGAACGUUCAGGAACUUUCAACAAACAACUUGAUGCUCACAGGAUCAAAUGUUGUUUUUGACCCACAAAGAAAGUUUCCACAUUGGGAAUCUUUCACUUUCCUUAUCAUUCAUUUCUAAUAUUUGCUGCAUUAACCCCGUGGUCACGUGUAAUUCCUGAAACCUGUGGUUAGUGUUGCACCGGUCAGAGAUAAAAAACCAAAUCUGUGCCUGAUGUUUGUACGUACUGUAUGUAGAAGAGUUUCCUUCAGCCAUGCUAAGCGUGAUCGCUUUUUUUUAUUACCUAGAAAGACUUGAUUGUUUGAAUAAAGUUAUAUUUUGCUGUUUUUGUAUAUACUGUUCUAUGCAUUUUUAUUGUAAUACAAAUAAAUUAUGUGACAU